AGAUAGUCGUGAGGUUGGCCUCUGCCGCCGAGAUGUCGUUGCUGCUCUCGCGCGCGGUCAGUCGCGGCCGUUGGGGUCUCGGGGCGGGGCCUCCUCGGGGCGUGGCAUCCCCCGGGCAGGAGUGCUUUUAUCUGUACAAGCAUCCCCAGGAUAGCAGUGCUACAGUGUCCUUGCUCCUGGACAGAUCCUGUCACAAGAGGUUAGUGACCAUGUGGCAGCUCCCUGCAAUGCUUAUCAAGAGUGGACAACGUCAUAUCCAUGCAGAUGACAAGGAUGAUGUCUCCCAAAAUGCUGCUUCCCCGAUGGACAAAGAGUCUGACUCUCAAGAGGAGCCCGUUUCUCCAGAGGUUAUGGAGGAUCCUCUUUUGGCCAUACCUUCCACACUCGCCCCUCCCACAAACUGUUGUAUGAGUGGAUGCCACAACUGUGUGUGGAUUGCAUAUGCUGAAGAACUGCUGAAGUAUUACAAAGAUGGUGGAGAUGAGGCAUUAGCAGCUGUGGAGAAACACAUAGAGGAUGAGAAUAUAAAAAUGUUCUUAAAGAUGGAAAUCAAAUUCCGUAUGAAGAAAGAGUGAAGCAUUUUGGAUUUGCAGUAACGAAAGACUAAAUAUCUUUAGCUGGCAUAAUUACAUACCUCACAUAGUGGUCUCAGGUCGCAGUAGGCUCACAAGGAAAAGAUAUCUUAAUUAUUUAUGGCAGAGAAGGAGAACCUUGAGUCCUCCAGAUAUUGCUGACUUCAGCCCUCAGAAGCACAGCCAAUGGUAAGGGAUGACGGAAGAUGGAGUGGGAACUUUUCACCCACCAGAUAUUUUGAACUACAGCUUCCACAAUCUUUUAUUAUCAGUAGUGCUGGCUAGGUUUUCUGGGCACUGAGGUCCAAAAUAUUGGAAGGGCCAAAGAUCUCCUACCUUUGAUAUAUUGUCAUUCUGAAGGCGACAGUGUUGUUUUAUUUAUUAGUUCUAGAGUUCUCAAGCUUAUUGCUGUAAUGCACUGAUGAGGGCCAUAACAUAUACUUUUUAUCCUACUGUGCUAUUAUUAACUGUACUGUUUUAAGAAAUUUUUUUUUGCCCUGAGGCAUUUUGGUCUCAUGGAAGGGGAUAAGUUAUUGCUAAGAAGUCCUGAUUUGAGUGGAGCAAUCAAAGUCAGGUCAGUUCUUCCAGAGCUGCAUAUUUAUUAAUUAAAAUUAUAUCCUGACUUUUUUCAGGAGAAUAUGUAGUACUGUCAAUGGCACUCCCAGGAGAUUUCCUAUCCAGGUACUGAACAGACCCAAGCCUGCUAAGCUUCAGGAAGAUAGUUGUAUCAUGUGCCUUUGGACAACAACAAAUUCAGUAGAGAAAGAGAAACAUUCCUGUGCCAAAGUUCAGUGCAUAUCUAUUUGGGCACAAGUCCAUUUGAACUGUGCCAGUCACUUCUGAGUAAACAUGAAGAGAUCACACUGUAGCUGAGUCAGUUACUUGGUCCUAUUAGCCUAGAGCAGGCAUGUGAGGGCCUUCUGGAAGUUGAGUUUCAUGACUGAGCAGAGAUCUGAAUCUGAGUUUCCUACAUCUUAACUACUGUGCUAACUGGCAAAAAUGACAAAUCUGUGCCCUGAAGAGCUUACCAUCAAAGUGGUUCUAUUUAUAAACAUCUGCAUGUUAUUUAUAAUAAAAAUAAAUAAUACCAUACUUGUUUCUCAUCACUGAAUUUCCAGUAAGUCUUUAAAAAAUAGCAAUAUUUCUAUAUUAUAAUGGGAAAAGCUAAGAGAUGCAAAAGCUACUAGGCCUGAGAGUGGAUUUAGAACACCAAUAGGACCAUCAAUAUGAUAUUUAUAUUGCACUUUGGACUGUUCAAAGCAUUUAGCUCUUUGGACUGUUCAAACAUGUAUCAUACAUUGUUUCAGUAAUGCUUAGUCUACAUUAUAAUAUAAACCAAGGAUGGGAUAUAGAAAUGAAUAGCUUCCAGUGUUCUCUGCUUUCUCCCAGAGAUGACUGGGAAAGCUGGAGGCAGAUUAUGUUCUUGCAUCAAAUGUGCUGGCAACAUUUGUACAGGUGCCCCGUAGAACUGAAGGGCUUCUGCUAACUUCUGGGGGAUAAAGAGAAAUAAUACUAAAUGUGUACCCCUUUAGCCUGAAAGCAGAACUUGGGGCUGUUUCUUGUUUGUACUACAAUUUACAGAAUCCCUUAGCCAGUAUGACCACUAGCUAUGCUGGCUGGAGAUUUCUGGAAGUUGUAGCUCAAAAAAAGCUAACCCUUUUCCCAGUGUGGCCCAAAAAAGAAUCAGAUGCCAAAAACCAAAUGGAUGGAUGGAUGGAUGGAUGGGGAGGUCCUUUUAGUGCAACACAAGGAGAGCAGGAUGGAGAUCUUGUGGCAGAAAUGCCAACUAACUGGGGAGGUGGGGGGAUUGACUAGGCUGGUUUUUGCCUUUUAGCAGAGGGAUAGGGAAAAUGUAGCCUCCCAGAUAUUGCUGGAUUAUAGCUCCCAGCAUUCCUAGUCAAUUCAACUUUGGGAGUUUCAAUUUAACAUUAUCUUUUCCAUCCCUGCUUUAGCAACAACGUGAUCAUCAGACAUCAGCAGGUGAAAUUUGUUACCAAAAACACAGAGGCAUUGUCGCCUCCCUUUAUCUGUCUCGGUCAUGCUGCUGUUG